AUGUCGUUGCCCUUGGAAACAGUGCAGGCAGUACAUGCAGCUACGGAAAAGCUGGGCUUUUGUCGCAACCGCGUUUGGGCGAUAGCCAAGAGCUUACCAGGAGGUGCCAAAGAAUUCCCAAAAUUACUCCCUCGGCGAGACACACUAUCCUUCAAAGUGAGCCGGGAAGACCAUGAUCUUUGCACUUUCGACUUCUGCGAGCAAUCUCGAGUGAAUUUCACUCUGAUGAAGCAGCGGCACGAGAAACCUUGUGAAGAAGCACGCUGCGAUCCUCGAAUUUUCCGUCCAGACGAUGUCGCGGAAGCUGUCCGAAAUGAGCGACUCGUUGUGUGGAAUUUUGGAACAAACCCAGAAGUUCUUAAACUUAACAAGCCCUAUAUGGCGAUCUCCCAUGUAUGGUCGGACGGUACUGGCGCCGGAAACCAACUCCCAGGUCACGUGAACAACUGCCUGCUUGAGUUCUUUCACGGAUUCGCUCAGAAGUUCAACUGUGAGGGUAUAUGGUGGGAUACAAUCUGCAUUCCAAUGACAAAGGACCUUCGUGAAAAAGCUUUGAAAGACAUGCACCAAAAUUACAAGACCGCGGCAGUUACACUAGUGCACGACUGCUUUCUGAGAGACUGCAAAUGGAUCGAUGCAGACUCAGCGUGCUUUUACAUUGUCCUGUCUCCAUGGUUCAGCCGAGGUUGGACAGCAUUGGAGUUGAUAAUGUCUCCCAAUGUCCAAGUCAUUUUCAGAGAUGACGAUGGUCCGAUCACGAAGGAUCUAGAUAAAGACAUACUGGAAGCAAAGAGCAAUGAUUCUUCUUCCCCUUUUCAUGGAGUUGCGAGACGAAUGCUCCAACGACUUCGAGGGAAGAAAGUUGGACAAUUGAAUGAUCUCCUCGCGAUUCUCGGUUCACGCCACACUUCUUGGCCAAGGGACAUGGCAAUCAUCUCCGGACUUAUGAUGGGAAUUGAAUUGCCAGAAACCUUUGCACAUCAGAAGAUCUACCAAGAGAUUCUACAGGAACUUGGGGAAAUAUCACAUGCGCAUCUGUUCCAUAAUUCAGCGACCAUGGCGAAUGGAUACAACUGGUGUCCUACAAACAUCUAUGACCUGCCUGUUACACUUCCAGAAAAGUUCCUUCAGAUUGAAAAGAAUGGGAAUUUGUUUGGCGAGUGGGAUAUUAUGCCUCUCGAUCACAUCAAAGAUGAAAGGUUUAUCUUGGGUCAUGCCCAUCCGAUGAUCGCAGCAAAGGUUGAACUCGCUCGAUAUGAGAAAGAUUGGCAUAUUGUGCUCAUUGAGCCUGGGUCCAGCCCUAAAGGGGCUGGGAUAAGCAGGGGCCUUUUAGUCAAACCAUCGGUCAGGGGCGAUAAGGACCUUAUCGAUUGCUAUUGUGAUUAUGUUGGUCCGGUUUAUUUCCAUCCACCGUUGAUGAGUUCAGAGGUCGAAGUCGUUGGCCAGAUUUUUUCGUUCAAGAACGUUCACAUUGGUCGCAACGAGAACAUUCACAACAACAGCACCCAAAACACCAAUGCGAAAGAGAAGGUUCAGAGCAUGAUUGAGCGCAUGAAGAUCAGUUCAUCAAAAACGCAACCCGAAAAACGACCGAAAGUGUCAAGGGAUUUUGGCCUCGGUGAAUAUGACCAAACGAAACUGGAGGAAGAGCUUAUCAAGGCUGCCAGAGCUGGCGUCUAUGAAAAAGUCGAAAUUCUCCUCAAGAAGGUGAACAACCCAAGCAAGACUGAUGCGUCCGGAUGGUCCGCAUUACAUCAUGCUGUUUGGAAUGGCAAACCGGAAGUAGUCAAUCUACUGGUCAAAAGUUUGUCUCUCAGACAAAGGACUGAUCGUGGCGAGGAACCACUUCACCUCGCAGCAGCUCGUGGCAAUGAACAGCUGGUGGUCAUGUUGCUAGAAGGUUCUACUCUCGACUUAAAGCGGAAACAAGAUGGAUUGAACGCCCUUCACCUCGCGGCCAUAAGUGGCUUCGCUGGGAUCGUGGAUAAAAUUUUGCAGGGAAAUUGGGCAGUCAACGCAACCGAUAAUAGACAACAAACGGCACUACACAUGGCAUCCUUUUGCGGCAAUGAAGAUCUAGUGCAUGUCUUAACCAAGCAUGGAGCUGAUCAUGCUCUCGAGGACAUCAGUGGGGAAACCGCUUUGUCCUUUGCAGUUUUCAAGGGCCACGGAAAGACUGCGAAGGUACUUAUAGAAGCAAGUGCGGAGUUAAAUGGCCAAUAUAAGCAUUGCACCUCUCUACUUCAUUUCGCAGUAGAAUCUAAUAGAAUUAUGGCUAUUAAGAUUCUUUGCGACCUGAAAGCGGAUCUCGAGGUUCGUGAUGAUUAUGACAGGACUCCUCUUCAUCAGGCGGCUAGUUCUGACCUCGUUGAAGCUAUCAAGACGCUCGUGGUCUUUAAGGCGGAUAUUGACGCCCGAGAUGAGGACCGACGGACUCCUCUUCAUCUGGCGGCUUAUCAUAGCCAUCUUGAAGCUAUUCAGACGCUCGUGGCCCUUGGGGCGGAUAUUGAAGCUCAAGGUGAGGACUGCCAGACUCCUCUUCAUCUAGUAGCUAUGUUGGGGGAUGUUGAAGUUAUCGAGACGCUCGUGGACCUGAAAGCAGAUAUUAAAGCCCGAGAUCAGGACCGCCGGACUCCUCUUCAUCUGGCGGCUAAUUAUAGCAAUCCUGAAGCUAUCAAGGCGCUCAAGGCCCUUGGGGCGGAUAUUGAAGCCCGAGAUAAGGAUGGCCAAACUCCUCUUCAUCUAGCUGACUUUCCUGAAGCUAUCAAGGUGCUCGAGGCCCUUGGGGCGGAUAUUGAAGCCCAAGAUAAGGAUGGCCAAACUCCUCUUCAUCUGGCGGCUAAGUAUGACCGUCCUGAAGCUAUCAAGGCGCUCGAGGCCCUUGGGGCGGAUAUUAAAGCCCGAGAUCAGGACCGCCGGACUCCUCUUCAUCUGGCGGCUAAUUAUAGCAAUCCUAAAGCUAUCAAGGCGCUCAAGGCCCUUGGGGCGGAUAUUGAAGCCCGAGAUCAGGACCGCCGGACUCCUCUUCAUCUGGCGGCUAAGUAUGAUCGUCCUGAAGCUAUCAAGGCGCUCAAGGCCCUUGGGGCGGAUAUUGAAGCCCGAGAUAAGGAUGGCCAAACUCCUCUUCAUCUAGCUGACUUUCCUGAAGCUAUCAAGGUGCUCGAGGCCCUUGGGGCGGAUAUUGAAGCCCAAGAUAAGGAUGGCCAAACUCCUCUUCAUCUGGCGGCUAAGUAUGACCGUCCUGAAGCUAUCAAGGCGCUCGAGGCCCUUGGGGCGGAUAUUAAAGCCCGAGAUCAGGACCGCCGGACUCCUCUUCAUCUGGCGGCUAAUUAUAGCAAUCCUGAAGCUAUCAAGGCGCUCAAGGCCCUUGGGCCGGAUAUUGAAGCCCGAGAUAAGGAUGGCCAAACUCCUCUUCAUCUAGCUGACUUUCCUGAAGCUAUCAAGGUGCUCGAGGCCCUUGGGGCGGAUAUUGAAGCCCAAGAUAAGGAUGGCCAAACUCCUCUUCAUCUGGCGGCUAAGUAUGACCGUCCUGAAGCUAUCAAGGCGCUCGAGGCCCUUGGGGCGGAUAUUAAAGCCCGAGAUCAGGACCGCCGGACUCCUCUUCAUCUGGCGGCUAAUUAUAGCAAUCCUGAAGCUAUCAAGGCGCUCAAGGCCCUUGGGCCGGAUAUUGAAGCCCGAGAUCAGGACCGCCGGACUCCUCUUCAUCUGGCGGCUAAGUAUGACCGUCCUGAAGCUAUCAAGGCGCUCGAGGCCCUUGGGGCGGAUAUUGAAGCCCAAGAUAAGGAUGGCCAAACUCCUCUUCAUCUGGCGGCUAAUUAUAGCAAUCCUGAAGCUAUCAAGGCGCUCGAGGCCCUUGGGGCGGAUAUUGAAGCCCAAGAUAAGAAAAAACGGACUCUGCUUCAUCAUGCGGGUAGUUCUGAUCAUGUUGAAGUUAUCAAGACGCUCUUGGAAUUUAAGGCGGAUGUUGAAGCCCGAACCAAUGAAGGCUGGACUCCACUUCGUUUGGCGGAGAAAUUCCAUCAUGUUACGCCUAUCGAGAUACUUCGCGGCCUCAAAACUGAUUCUCGAUAUGUGCAGCUGCCUUGA